UGCCUGCAAUACACACUGUGUGGUGACAGCGUGGGCUGGGGUGGAUUAAUGAAAUGAAGAGGAAGUAAGUAUGUGCCUGAACUGUUGGUUUUUCCUGGGUAGCACUGCAGCCAAAUCAAAUCAACUAUUUCAAGAAUGCGUGCCUUUGCACCUAACCUUGCUUCAUAGCAGCAUUGCUGUUGCUGGUGAGAAGAGGGUGCCAGUGAUGCCCGGCUCGCCCGUGGAAGUGAAGAUACAGACCAGGUCCUCUCCUCCCAAUAUGCCGCCACUGCCCCCCGUCAACCCUGGCGGCCCUCGGCCCGUCUCCUUCACCCCAGCUGCACUGCCCAACGGGAUGAACCAUUCCCCCCCGACGCUCAAUGGGGCACCAUCCCCACCCCAGCGCUUUGGCAACGGCCCGGCCUCCUCUUCCUCUUCCUCACUGACCAACCAGCAGCUCCCGGCCACGUGCGGCGCACGGCAGCUCAGCAAGCUGAAACGCUUCCUCACCACCCUGCAGCAGUUUGGCAAUGACAUCUCUCCAGAGAUCGGGGAGAAGGUGCGGACCCUGGUCCUGGCCCUGGUGAACUCAACAGUGACGAUUGAGGAAUUUCACUGCAAGCUGCAAGAGGCGACGAACUUCCCCCUGCGGCCGUUUGUGAUCCCCUUCCUGAAGGCCAACCUCCCUCUGCUCCAGAGAGAGCUGCUGCACUGCGCCCGGGCUGCCAAGCAGACGCCAUCCCAGUACCUGGCGCAGCACGAGCACAUCCUUCUCAACACCGCCUCCUCCCCGGCCGACUCUUCGGAGCUGCUCAUCGAGGUCAACGGGAACAGCAAGAGGCACAGCCCUGACAGAAGGGAUGACAGCAGCUUUGAGAGAGAGCCACUGCCGACGGAGCCGCCUGCCAAGCGUGUGUGCACCAUCAGCCCUGCGCCCCGGCACAGCCCAGCACUCAGCAUCCCAAUGCUGAACCCUGGUGGGCAGUUCCACCCCACCCCACCGCCCCUCCAGCACUACACCUUGGAAGACAUCGCCACCUCCCAUCUGUACAGAGACCCUGGCAAGAUGCUGGAGCACAGGGAGAUCCGGGACAGGCACGGCGGGCUCGGUUUGAAUGGAGGUUACCAGGACGAGCUGGUGGACCACCGCCUGACUGAGAGGGAGUGGGCUGACGAGUGGAAGCACCUCGAUCAUGCACUGAACUGCAUCAUGGAGAUGGUGGAGAAGACCCGGCGCUCCAUGGCCGUGCUGCGGCGCUGCCAGGAGGCUGACCGUGAGGAGCUCAACUACUGGAAGAGGCGCUGCAGUGAGGCUGAGCCACGCAAGGCUGGGGGGGAGCUGGGCACAGCCAGGCACAGCCCCGGCAGCUCUGACUCCAUCGGCAGCGAUUCACUGCGGGAGUUCGGCAGCAGGUCGGGACCGGGCUACGUCACCGAGGAGAUAUGGAAGAAAGCAGAAGAAGCUGUGAACGAGGUGAAGCGCCAGGCCAUGUCGGAGGUGCAGAAGGCUGUGGCAGAGGCAGAGCAGAAGGCAUUUGAGAUGAUCGCCUCUGAGAGGGCACGCAUGGAGCAAACCAUCGCCGACGCCAAGCGCCAGGCCACCGAGGAUGCUUUCCUGGUGAUCAAUGAGCAGGAGGAGUCCACGGAGAGCUGCUGGAACUGCGGCCGCAAGGCCAGCGAGACGUGCAGCGGCUGCAACAUCGCGCGCUACUGUGGCUCCUUCUGCCAGCACAAGGACUGGGAGCGGCACCACCGCAUCUGCGGGCAGAGCCUGCAUGGCCACAGCAAGGGGCUGGCACUGCCUGCAGGGCGCUCGGCCAAGGCCGGAGACGGCGUGCCCAGCCCCAGCAUGGAGAAGAGCUCUGCGGCCACCUCCCGCUCCUCCACGCCCGCAUCUGUGACAGCGAUAGACACGAAUGGACUCUAAAGGGGAAGUUUGGGUUCAGCCCGUUUCCUUCGUUGUCCUGGUGGUGUUUUGGUUUUUGAAGUUGGAAAAUAAAACCCACGGGAGCUCGGAUCAGUUGACGCGUUGGACAAACCCAGGUCACCUCUGUUGGAAGCUUUGCCGCCCCUCCUGCCUCGCUGGGUGCACAGGGAGCUGCAGCACCCACCCACAGCAUCUCCGCACCCAUCGCUGCCGAGGAGUUGGGGCUGCAGGCAGGAGUGCUGGGCACACAGAGCCCUGGGCCUUGGCUCAGACACGUGAGCUCCUUCCUUGGGGUGUCCGAAGCCCUCUGUAUUCAGCCCCAGGUGCGUCUGUCUGUUGUUACCCUGCUCCCAGUGCUGUGUGGUGCUCUGCCCCAGCGGGGCUGCUGUCCCAGCAGGAGCAUCCCAUCCUGCCAUGCAGUGAUAAGGACAGGAUCACCCUGGGGGUGGGGGCACAGCUCCACUCCAGGGGCUGCGCUGAGUCCCUCUGUGCCACGCCAAGGCAGCAGUGUUGGGUCUGAUGUUGGACCUUUGAACGCCUGCAGCCCAAAUCUGAAUCCCUCACGGGUGAUUACUGCCCUUUCCAUCUGGGUGCAGAUAUCUGCUAUGCAGGAAGCGUUGGUUUGUUGCGUGGAAGCUGUUGGUUUGGGAGUUAUUACUGCUUUCAACCACCGAGGCUGCAGUGUGAGCGCUGGGUGCUGUCACAGCCCGCUCUUCCCACACAGCUCCUGCCCCAGAGCCCGACCUGAAGCCGUGGGGCCCAGCACCCUGCGCUGCUCCUCUCAGCUC